AUGCUUCAAAAUAAGAACUUUACUAUGUCGUACUUGUCACCAUACAAGACCGACUUGCCAAAAUUUGUACCCAUUGCACCUAACCCUGAGAAAAAUUUGGAAAUGGAUUGUACAGUGAAUAAAAAAUAUACUUAUAAAAAUAAUUACAAUGGGGCACAAACAGCAUCUAUUGCGAGAAGAAAUGCUCGCGAAAGGAAUCGUGUGAAACAAGUGAACGACGGUUUUAAUGCAUUAAGGAAGAGAUUGCCAGCUGCCGUCAUCAAUGCACUAUCUGGAGGUGCCCGACGAGGCUCAGGCAAGAAACUUAGCAAAGUCGACACAUUACGAAUGGUUGUUGAAUAUAUAAGAUAUCUGGAGCGAUUAAUAGAUGAUACUGACGCAGCCUGUGUGACCCAGGAACCGAAAGUUCCUAUGGAUACCUCUGUACAUUUUGAUGUAGACGAAGGAAUUUUUGGUGGAAGAAACUCACCGUAUUCUGAUUCUGUGCCUUCUCCAGCUAAUUCUGAGUGUUCUUCAGGAGUGUCAUCAAGUUAUUCAACAAACAACGAGUACUGCCCUAACAAUUACUAUCCUGAGGUCACUUCCGUGGAUGACAACGAGUUAUUAGAUGCUAUUACUUGGUGGCAACAAAAG